AUGAAUGGGAAGGAGACUGAUCAAGAGUUUGUUUCUGAUCAGAUUCAAGGAAAUAGCAGUGGUGUCAGUGGUAGUGGUGGUAGUGAUGGUGGUAGUGGUGCUAGUGAAGGUGGUAGUGAUGCUGGUGGUGGUGCAGAUUCAUCAUCUUGGGGUGCUAAUCAUGAUCAUGUAGCUGCUAUUAAGUCUGAAGAUUAUCCUGAGGAGGAGAUCAAGAUCAAUUGUAAGAGCACUUCAACCUUCAAGGAUCGAAGAAGUUAUUACAAGGGAAGUUCUAACAAGAGUUGCAACUUGUUGAUUCCUUACAGAAACACUGCACACUCUUGGACUAAAGACACUCCUGCUUUGAUUGAUGACGGUCAUGCAUGGCGAAAAUAUGGACAAAAAAAUAUCCGCAAUGCCAAGCAUCCAAGGAACUACUUUAGAUGUACUCACAAAUUCGAUCAAGCGUGCAAAGCAACCAAGCAUGUGCAACAGGUUCAGGAUCAUCCACCAAUGUUUCGAACCACAUACUAUGGCACCCACACCUGCAGAGACUACUUCAAAACUUCUGAACUGGUCUUGGAUUGCACAAGUCCUAGAGAUUCUUCAGAGUUUAUUAGUUUUGAUAGUGCCAAUUGUUUGACAAUCAAACAAGAGCACCUAUUUUCUGCACCCUUCGCUUCAUCAUCAGUUCAAGAACCGAUCGUUAAGGCAACAAGUGAUCAUACGGUGACAAGCCAUGACAACCAUUGGCCAUCGAGUGAUUAUCUGGUGUCGCAUGUUGAUCUGAUGGCAUUCGAGUCUUCUGGGCCCAUGAGCGGGUUUUCAUCAAGCAUUGAUCAGUAUGAUGGUGACGAUGUGUUUUCGAGGAUGAUUGUCGAGUACUUUGAUAUAUAUAAUGAAGUUUUGCAAUACGGAAUUUUGGGGGUUUUUGAACUAUAA